CCAGUAUAGCAAUCGGGAUUUCAGUCGACUUUUGUAUAUUGUUAAUCAUUUACGUUUGAAGAUAACAACGCAGUAUACCAUUCGUGAUUCAAAUCAAUAUCGAUGUCGGACUGUUUUGAUUACAGUAGCGAUGAUACAGAAGAUGAUGAUCAAUAUGGCGAAGAAGAAAUCAAUUGUAAUGAAUAUGAUGGCGACGAUUUCUAUAAUUCGGAUGAUCAAUACAGCGGAAGAAAUCAAUUAUCUGAUUAUGCGAUUGAAGGUACAAAUCGAACUGAUUCUGAAGAGGAAUCAUUCAAUAGUAAUGUUGUUGACUCUCCUGGUGGGAAAACCAAGUUGUGGAAACCUAUUGUUCCUAAAGAUUUUAUGUCAGAUGUAGAUGCUAUAUAUCAAUCAUUAGAGGAGGCGGUUGAAAUGUAUAAAUUAUAUGCAGAUAAAACAGGUUUUGGUGUCAGAGAAUCACAACCACCCCUAGAGACUAAAGAAGAAAGACGGUAUUCCAAAUGUGCACGAAGACUUAGUUAUAAAGACAAGGAGUUUAUAGUGCGUUCUUCAACAUCUAACAUUGGUGCAACAAAGGCACAUAAGUUACAAGCUAGUUUGCAAGGAGGUUAUGAAAACAUUGGCCCUGAAGCAAUUGAUUAUAAAAAUUUCAGAAGGAAGGUGGGAAACAUUAUAGGUGACAAGGAUGCACAGCUGGUUGUUGACAAAAUGAACAUGAUGAAAGAUGAGUUACAUAAUUACACAUUUGAGUAUAAAUGUGUUGAUAGUGUGUUAAACGCAAUGUUUUGGGCGGAUGAAACCGAUAAGUUAUAUUACAAGGAGUUUGGAGAUGUGAUAUCAUUUGAUGCUACAUUCCGAACAAAUAAGAUAAAAGAUGGUUCAAAGACAUGUACAUGGAUCGAAAACUUUGGAUUACAGCCUAUUUUAAAGACAUGCCACUACACGGAAAUAUUUAAAGCAGCCUGGUACUGUUCUAUCGACAUUGUUGAAAAGAUUGAUGGGUGGCAAGUUGUUAUGAUUACACAAACGGAUAAGAGCAAACAGGUUGAACUAAAGUUGCCUGAAAAAGAAGUUAAAUGUUCAUGCAAUCACUUCAUACGUACUGGCAUUUUGUGUUGUCAUAUUUUUGCUGUAUUGAAAAACAACCAUAUUGAAGAGAUUCCAGAGCAGUAUAUUCUUAGAAGAUGGAGAAUGGAUGCAACAAUGGAGUUUGGCAGUUCCAACCAAACAUCAUUUGAUAACGAUGAAGAAGAAAUUAUUCGGAUGCUUGGAAUACGCAGCAUUCCUGAUGAAAUAAAUAUCCAUCAACCUGCAUCUAUAUGUACCAAAGGUAGUGGAACUAAGAAAAGAAUGGUUAGUGCUAUUGAGAAAGUUGUUGUAGCUACAAAGACAAAAACCAGAAUGUGCACAGGUUGCAAUCAAUAUGUUAACCAUAAUUGGAGGACUUGCAAAGUAAGACUUGCACGAGAGUCAAAAGCAGCUUAA